AUGGAUUUGAAAUCAGCACCAAUGCCGAAGUUGUUAUAUGGAACAGCCUGGAAGAAAGACGCCACGGCUGACCUCGUGUUCUUAGCCUUGAAGACCGGAUUCAGGGGUAUCGAUACAGCAGCUCAACCGCGACAUUAUAGAGAGGAUCUCGUUGGGGUCGCUGUUAAACUAGCAAUAUCAUUAAAUAUCGUAAAGCGGGAUGAUUUGUUUGUUCAAACCAAAUUCACUUCUGUAGACGGUCAAGAUCCGAAUAACUUACCUUACGAUCUGAAUGCGUCCCUAGAAGAGCAAGUCCACUCCUCCGUAGAAUCAUCACUUAACAAUUUCCGUUAUUCCGAGUUUGAUGCGCCCUAUAUCGACAGCUUAGUCCUACACUCUCCUCUUCGUACGCUAUCAGAUACGAUUAAGGCUUGGGAGACUCUAGAGACAUAUGUACCUCACAAAAUCAGACAGCUGGGAAUAUCUAAUACGCCACUGGAAGUUGUUGAUUACCUAAACACCAGUCCUGAUAUUAAUAUUCGUCCAACAUGUGUACAGAACCGCUUUUACCCAGCCACACGCUGGGAAGUGGAUCUACGAGCUUAUUGCCGAGAAAGGGGCAUUACUUUCCAGACUUUCUGGACACUAUCGGGGAAUCCUCAACUUCUGAUGAGUACAAAUGUCCAUAAGCUAGCCACGAUGGCAAAUGUUGAACUACCAGUUGCAUUGUAUGCGCUUGUACUUGGUCUCGAAGGUACAUCGAUUCUAGACGGGACAACUAACGAGAUACAUAUGAAGGGUGACCUAGACGGUAUUGACACUGUGAGUGCGUACGCACGGAGUGAAAACGGUCAGCACGUCUGGUCAAAGUGCCUACGCAAUUUCAAGAAACAGAUCGGAGAAAAAUAG